AUGGACUCGGGAGAGAAAGGAAUAUACGAUAAAUUACGUUCUGCCUUUCCAGGAGGUAGGUUGGAAGUUCAGGAUGUAUCUGGCGGUUGUGGUUCUUUCUAUGCCAUCUUAGUUUCUUCACCAAAGUUCAAAGGUCUCUCUACUGUCAAUCAACACAAAUUGGUGAAUGAAUGUCUAAAAGAGGAUAUACAGAGUAUCCAUGGUCUACAAGUG